CCCCGGUAGUCCUUGGUUACCCAGAGUCUGCGGAAGUGGAGACCGUGGGGCGGGCAGCUGAGACAGGGGACUGAAAGUUGUGGAACUGUAAUUCUUGACAUCAAAGUUGGUGGGGUUUUUUGUAGGCAGUCAUUAUGAUUCUGGAUGAUUAAGGUAGAUAGGAAGGCCCUUCUGAGCAUUUAACAAAGUCCUCAACAACCUAUACCAUGGACAUAAAGCUGGAGCUGCCUCAGGAUGACCUGCCUCUCAUGGCCAACACCAGCCACAUACUUGUGAAGCACUAUGUACUGGACUUAGAUGUGGAUUUCAAAAGUCAAAUCAUUGAGGGCACCUUAGUGCUUUUCUUUCAGCCUGGAAACAGAUAUGGGAAAAAGAGUAGUUCCACUGAGGAAACCUGCCGAUCAGAGUCAAAUGAAGCCUGCAAAUCUAGGAUGCCAGAACCUUGCCAUGUUCCUGUGACAAAUAUAAGGACCUUCUCAUCUGAAAUAAGAUACAAUGAUUUUGAAAUCUGUGGUAAAGGUGAAAAAAAGACUUCUGGUAAAGAUGGUAACCAUGACAACGGGGAACAGGCUUCUGGGAUUUCUAGCUCAAAGUACCGCUGUGACACAGGGAUUCAUGGGAGUGAGGAUUUUUUGCUAGUGUUGGACUGCUGUGAUUUAUCUGUGUUGAAGGUUGAGGAGGUGGAUGUUGCUGCUGUGCCAGGUAUUGAAAAACUUACAAGGUCUCCCAAGCUCAGGGUUGUUUCUGAGCUCAGGAAUCAGAUUGUACAUGAACUUGUGACUCUGCCUACAGAUCGUUGGAGGGAGCAGUUAGACUAUUAUGCUUGCUGCAGCCAGGCUCCUGGCUGUGGGGAACUCCUGUUUGACACUGACAGUUGGAGCUUACAGAUCAGGAAGACAGGGGCUCAAACAGCUACUGACUUUCCUCAUGCCAUAAGGAUACGGUACAGAACCAAACCCCAGGGGAGAUCAGUUACAUGGACCUCAGACCAGAGUGGCAGACCAUGUGUUUAUACUACGGGAUCUCCCAUAAACAACAGGGCCCUUUUUCCAUGCCAGGAGCCACCCGUUGCCAUGUCAACAUGGCAAGCCACAGUCCGAGCAGCUGCGUCUUUUGUUGUUUUAAUGAGUGGAGAAAAUUGUGCCAAGCCAACACAGCUUCCCGAAGGGAGCUUAAGCUGGCAUUACUAUGUAACCAUGCCAAUGCCAGCCUCCACCUUUACAAUUGCAGUGGGAUCCUGGACGGAAAUGAAGCCAGAGACCUGCUCAUCAAAUGAUCUGGCAGCAGAGAGAUCCUUCUCCACUUCUGAGGCUGACUUCAGGUAUGCUGGCAUUUGUGGCCAUGUGGAAUACCCCUGCCGCUUCCAGAAUACUUCUGCCGCCACCCAGGACAUCAUUCCUCAUCGAGUCUUUGCCCCAGUGUGCCUCAAAGGUGCCUGCCAAGAGACCCUUCUGCAGCUGCUCUGCCCAUGCCUCUCAGCAGCACACUCUGUCCUGGGAACACACCCCUUCUCCAGGCUGGAUGUGCUCAUCGUUCCUGCCAACUUUCCAAGUCUGGGGAUGGCCAGCCCACACAUUGUCUUCCUGUCUCAGAGUGCCUUGACUGGAGGGAGCCAUCUUUGUGGGAUCCGUCUCUGCCAUGAAAUCGCACACUCCUGGUUUGGCCUAGCCAUUGGGGCCCGUGAUUGGACAGAAGAGUGGCUGAGUGAAGGGUUUGCCACUCACUUGGAAGAUGUAUUCUGGGCCAAAGCACAGAAGCUGGUCCCCCACGAGGCCCAGGAACAGCAGGAGCUGCGGGCUUGCCUGCGCUGGCGUCGCCUGCAAGACGAGUUGCAGAACUCCCCGGAGGAGAUGCAGGUGUUAAGACCCAAUAAAGAGAAAACUGGCCAUAUGAGUGACUCAGGAUCAUCUGUUAUCAAACGUGGGCUCAACCCAGAGAAGGUCUUCAUGCAGGUUCAUUAUUUAAAGGGCUAUUUUCUUCUCCGGUUCCUUGUUGGAAGACUUGGACAUGACACCUAUUUUUCAUUUUUAAGAAAAUUUGUUCACACAUGUCAUGGGCAGUUGAUUCUUUCCCAGGAUUUCCUUCAAAUGUUGUUGGAGAACAUCCCAGAAGAAAAAAGGCUUGAUCUGUCUGUCGAAAGCAUCUUCAGAGACUGGCUUGAGAGUUCGGGGCUACCACAGCCACUGCAGACGGAGCUCCAGGCCGGGGGGGAGUGCAGGCUUGUGCGGCAAGUGGACGCAGAGGUGGCGAAAUGGAAUCAACUGAACCGGAGACCCCGAAAACGGAAACGAAGGGGGACCGAAGAAGUGUUUGAAAAGAACACCAGUCCACCCUGGUGCAGAAUUUGAGAACCGUCCCUCCAGAGAGCGGGCAAAGGAGACAGCUGGAUGUCUGCAGGGUGAAGUGACUUGGAGCCUUCCCCCCUGCCUGCUGCAUUUCACCCCCUGUAAUCUCUGUACCCUCCUGCUCUUCGUGCUCUCAGAUACCUGCCAUCCAUUCAUCACUGCAGGCCACUUGGUGCCUGCCAGUCACUCCUUCACCUCUGGUCUGGGAGAUGUGGUGCUUUACCUGGUCCUCACAAUUUUAGCACUAAUGAAAGGUUGUAAUUUUUUCCUGUAAUGACUAUUCUCCCCCUCUUCUAAUUCAUUCCUGAUAUUUUAGACAUUUCCCUGUUUAUAAGCACCUUUUCCAGCAGCUUGUUCAGGACAUAGAGAGGAGGACAGACGUUAAUUCAGACAUACCGUGGAUGUUCCUGAGGAAGGUUUGCUCAGGGAGAGGAAACUAGCAUGCGUUUAGUUUGGUUUCAUUUGUAAUAACCAUGUCCACUGUUAAUAUAAAAAGUUGAGUUCACACUGGGCUGUGGCAUGUGGUAGACUCUGAGUGACACAAGGUGAGGAUGGCCAGCCGGCCACCGCACCCGGCAGGCUGACCGUUGGGCAGAUCGUUGAGCGCCAGAUCGAGUGCCAAGCUGACUGCUGCAGCCUUGGUACAUUCCCAGUUUCCGCACAAAGGAAUCCAGUUUUAUUUUUUGGUGUGGUGCCUGUGCUGUAUUUGUAUUUCAAUUCAGCAUAUUUUGCCCUCUUCUAGUUUCAAACAGACUAACUUGAGCCAAGAAAAUUAACGUUUUUUCUCAUAAUAAAAGUGACACAGCGUACUAGAGAAAAUUUAGAAAAUAGAGGAAGGUAUAAAAAGAAAGAAAAUUGAAAAUUUAGAAAAUACAGGAAGGUAUAAAGAAAGAAAAUUGAAAACUGCCAGUAAUCCAGUCAUCCAGAGAGCUACUUUUAAUAUUUUGGUGUUUGUUCUUUAGGUCUUAGAGAAAAUAAUUAUUGAGAAAGAAAGGGAGUGUGUUUUAUAUUUGUGACUUAUACUUUGUGACUUGAAGGGUAGUUUACUGCGGCUACUUUUUUUUUGUAGUUAAUUGAAUACAGUGACUUUGAAAUUCUGCCUUUUUGGAAAGAUCUGUUCUGUGCCUUUCAGGGAAGAUAACUUGAUUAGCAGUGAAUACUGGAUUUCAGCAUUUAACUGCAGCUGUGGUCCUGGCUUUCCCAGGACUCGUAUGCCCUAACCAAAUCUGUUUGAAACCCAUCCCCUGUAUAGUGGAGUAAACUUGUAAAUGCAAGCUGCAGUUUGACCUCAUAAGUUGGUGGUAGGUUUGUUUGGGUAUGAGGACUUGUGGAUUAUAGGCACACCUCACUGAUAUUGCAGGUUCACCCCAAAGUAUGGCAGUAAAGCAAGUCAUAAUCUGUGUUGCUGGUGGAAGGUCAUGCUUUUUUAGUUUGUAGAAAACACAUCUGUGAAGUGCAAUAAAAUGAGAUAUGCCUGCACUCCUACCUGUGACUGUGUGUGAUCAUCGAUGUAAACAGUGGCGGCGGCCUUGUUGCAUUUCCUCUCCCUCUCCCAACAUGAAUCGAGCUGACAUCCAUUUCAAGAACUGAGGGUGUACGUACUUCAUGACUUGUGCUUGGAGCUUGUAGUCACAAUAUGGAAAUUGUGGAAGAUGAGCCUCUGUUCAGCAAUUAUCUGUGAGGCCAGUUCUGUUCUACUUUAAGAGUAAGAGUAAGAAAUUGAGAACUCCCAACUUAUUUCUAAGGAAUAUACAGCUAUACAGCCAUUUCCUGUUUUUUGGAUUUUAUUAAAAUGCAAGUAGCCUUGACUUCAAAGUAGUAUAAUCAAAUCCUGAAGAGGUGCAAUUCUGAUGCUUUGCCUCUUCGGUGCUUCAUUGUCGGCCUGGCUGGCUUAUCUGACACCUUGCUGUCUACACUGGUGAAAAUCCCUCUCGGUUCAGCUUGGUCCCAGGCUUAAUGGGAAACAUGGAAUUUGCAGUGCCCACUGCAUCCCUGGGGUGGGCAGGAGCACAUCCCUGACCCACCAAGUAUGCUUCGUGAUACAUUUGGGGUGAUGAAUAUUAAUUAUUUUGGUUAUCAACAGAUUUCUCUUGUAUUUACUUAAGUGAGAUGGAGCCAGUGUACAUCUUUGCUUUUGCUCCUCAUGAUCUGCUGCAUUUUUAAAAGAAUGUCUUGAAAUGUAAGUGGAUGCCCUCCUCCCCCCAGCAUGCAAUAGCAGAACAUAUUCUGGUUGGCACAUGCACGUAACCCCAGAACGCCAGCACGUGAUGUUGUGUAGGCCUCCACUUUAAUGGGAGAAGGGAGUAAGUCCAGAGCAGUUUUUCUAGAAACUGAUACUACCUGAUAGAAACCUCAACAUCUGUCAAAGACCAGGAGCACAACUGGGUGCUGAUGCACAAUCUGUGGUCAGACAGGUGGAGUGGGAUCAGAACUGUGUGCCUCUGAAGCCGAAAGGAAGCUGUUGGGUGUCACUCCCAUGAGGGACCAGAUGAUUGCCCAAGUUCGUGAUCCUGUUCCAGCCCAACUCCUGGAGGGAGGGGGAAAUGAAAACAUACACUUUCUAAAUGGUUGCUGGAUCAUGUCACCUUAGUUUUCCUUUGGGAAAUACAUCUCAAUUCAGAGACAUGAAUGUUGUCUGCUCCCCCAUCUGUCAACUUGUCCCAGGUAUCUGGAGGAUUUUCCUGUUUGUAGACUGGGUCCUACGGCUGAGGGGCUUUGAUGUUCAUCUCCCACACCCCUUCUUUUGAUUACAUAUGUUUCUGCUAAAGACGUCUUUUUUCCGGUGCUGACAGGGACAUGAAGUUCCUUGGUCCCCUGUAGCUUUUUGUACUUCGUGGUUUCUCUCAUCUUGUUUUAUUAACUGUAAUGUGGAAAGAGACCUGAUCUGAAGACACAUGGCCCAGGAUAUCAAACUAUAAAGUGUGGUCCCACAAAACAUCCGAUGUGACUUAAAGUGGGCCUGGAAACACGCUUUGUCAUGUGUGUACAAGAAUACCCCACUGGCCCUGCCUGUCUGAGGCCAGCUGUCUGUAGUGUGCCUUCCUUUCCAGGUCUUCCCUCCUAGAGCUGUGGGCUCACCUUCUGAGCCUCCUGGGGUGCUGGGGCUGGGUAGGCCUUCCCCAGGUUCAGGGGUGCCCUUCCGGGCCUGAAGGUCUGUCAGUCUCCAUGUGGCCUAUCAGAGGACCUGUCCCUUCAGGACCAGGGUGGGCUCCCGCCCCCAGGCAAACAGGGUGGGUCCUACAGCACUGGUUUUAAUACUGCCUCUCAGGUAAGUUCUCAGGUAAGAAAGUUCUGUCGUUCAGAGGUAUGAAAUCAGAAGCAACAGGGUGAAAUCUUCGGGGGCCAUUGAGAGGAAUGUUCAUCCUUACUGUGGGUGUCCAGUGGCUGACAUUCUCCCAGGAUACCCUCUGCUCCAAGGCACAGGACUUCAUUUAGGCACAUUGCAGUAGCACCAGAGUCUGGCUAGUUAUAACUACUGAAUAAUAGACAUUCCUCAGGAAUAAGUACUUAUGCAUUGAAACAAAUCUGUGAAUACAUGACAGAAUAAAGACAGGGCCAGGUGCUUUGUAGUUAUUCCCACUUCUGUGUCUUUAUUCUUUUUUUUAAUAGUACUUUUUAAAAUUGACUUUAGAGAGAGAAACAUCAAUUUGUUAAUCCACUUAUUUUUGCAGUCAUUAGUUUAUUCUUGUUCUGACCAGGGAUUGAACCCCACAACCUUGGUGUACUGGGAAGACGCUCUAACCAACUGAGCUACCUGACCAGGGCCUCUGUGUUAUGAGUCUGUGAUAAAGUUGCCUGUCACUGAUUUUAUAGGAUUUGUUGCCCUGAGAGUUUCCCAACGUCUUUAUUGACUCAGGGAUGUAUGUGAUCUUGUGUGUAAUGGUGUUAAGGAUUUUCCUAAUAUUGUGCCAGGGGGUAGAACACUGGAGUUCCUUUUAGAAUGCCUGUUUUUAGGGUACCCGCAUAACUUCCAAGAUUUCAACCGGGAACAGUGCAGUUUGAGGCACACCUGACAUGGUGUGUAGGGUCCACAUGGGGGAGUAGAAUCCAGCCGCUUCAGCCAACUCAGGUAGCUAAAAAUAGUCCCAUGGCUGGGUGCUAUUAAUCUCUAAGGUAGUUCUUCACUGCUGGGCCACAGUUGGCACAAGUCACUUGCUUGCCUAGUGUGUCCUCAUUUUACCUCUCCUUUUGAUAACCUUUAUUCCCCUUUUUGGUACAAGUCUGUGUCUUGACCUGUCGAGUCAGGUGCUUCAUGCCCUCCACGUGCUGCCCAGUGUGUCUCCAUUCUCCUCUCCAGCCCUGACAUGGUGACUCCUUCCCUCCGACACAACCACCUCAUCCAGUUACCCUCUCCUUCCACUCCUUAGAGCUCUUCUGGCUUGCUUUUCUUUCUUCCACAGGUGCUGUGAUAAACCAGUAGAAGUGAUGGGCUGACGUGUGUGAUCCUCAGUAUUGGUCAGAGGUUUUUCAUGUUAAGAGAGUUUUGCUAGAAGUACAGUUCCAUAACUCAAAGUGUUCCCCUUCUUGAGAGUGAAAUAUUCUGGGACAACUUCAAACAUUCCAACAUCCUAAUCAUAGGGGUGCUAGAAGGAGAAGAGGAAGAACAAGAAAUUGAAAACUUAUUUGAAAAAAUAAUGAAGGAGAAUUUCCCCAAUCUAGCCAAGGGAAUAGACUUCCAGGAAGUCCAGGAAUGUCAGAGAGUCCCAAAGAAGUUGGAUCUAAGGAGAAACACACCAAGACACAUCAUAAUUACAUUACUCAGGAUUCAAGAUAAGGAGAGAAUCUUAAAAGUAGCAAGAGAAAAGGAGACAGUUACCUACAAAGGAGUUACCAUAAGACUAUCAGCUGAUUUCUCAAAAGAAACCUUAUAAGCAAGAAGGGGCUGGAAAGAACUAUUCCAAGUCAUGAAAGGCAAGGACCUACAUCCAAGAUUACUCUACCCAGCAAAGCUAUCAUUUAGAAUAGAAAGGCAGAUAAAGUGCUUCCCAGAUAAGGUCAAGUUAGAGGAGUUCAUCAUCACCAAGCUCUUAUUAUAUGAAAUGGUAAAGGGACUUAUCUGAGAAAGAAAAGAUAAUCAAAACUAGGAACAGUAAAAUGACAAUAUACUCAUAACUAUCAACAACUGAACCUAAAAAAAAAAACAAAACAAAACAGCUGAACCUAAAUGGAAACAAACUAAGCAAACCACUAGAACAGGAAGAAAAUCACAGAAGUGGAGAUCCCAUGGAGGGUUAUUAGCAGGGAUGGGGGGCAGGGAGAAUGGGGGGAAAGGUACAGAGAAUAAGUUAACAUAAAUGGUAGGUAGAAAAAUAGACAGGAGGGGUUAAGAAUAGUAUAGGAAAUGGAGAAGCCAAAGAACUUUUAUGUACGACCCAUGGACAUGAACUAAGGGUGUGUGUGUAUGGGAGGAGGCAUGCAGGGCAGAGGGGAAUAAGGGGGAGGAGGGGGUGGGACAAGUGUAAUAGCAUAAUCAGUAAAAUAUAUUAAGACCAAAAUAUGCACAUAUUGGUAAUUUUCCCCUUAAACUGGACACUGGCCUGUGGCCUCAUUUGAUUCAUUCGUCCUUGUUUAUGUGGGCUGAAGGCAUUUGUUUAGGAGACAUAAAUAUCCUUAUGUUUUUAAUGGAGAAAGGUUGGAGUAGUCAUGCUUUUAAUCCUGAGCAGCUGAGAGUCUUUGCUUUGACAUCAGCCACACUGAGACGAGCAGAUCCUGUUUCAGUGAUGGAAUAUGGGCCACUAGAAAGAGGGGUUUGACAAGCAGGCCUUGCUGUGAUUCUCUCUAAUGUUUGGAUUGGAUUGACUGAUACAAUUCUGGUUUGUUUUGAAGCUGGGAGGGAAGUGGGAAGACAUCUUCCAUACCUGGUAUUUCAUUUAAUAAUUUAGAAGAAAACCAGUUUUAACAAUAAUUGCACCCGUUUUCUCUGGGAACUGGUCACUAAUUGUUAGCGUAUUUGAAAAAAGCUGCCCCUAACAUGCAUUUUGUAGGAGUAGCCAGUAACCAGAGCUGGCAGUUCUGCUUACGUGGUGGGCCAGUCGGAACUUCUUGAAGAUUUAAGCAGAAGUACAUUUCUAAGGAAUGUCAUCCGUACUGGUGGUUUGCUGUUUCUUAAAUGAAUAUCUUUGACACCAAAUUUAGAUAAUACAUAUAUAUUUUUUUAAGAAAUUGCUGCAUGAAAUCUAACCUUGAGGGUAUUUGGAAUCUUCCAGUGACCUUCCUUGCUUUCUCAAGACCUUACCACUGAUUUCUCAGAAGGACAAUUAAAAAAAUAGUUAUUUGAAGUAUGUAAAUAAAAUUUUUUUUUGACUUAGUAAUGCAUGAAGAUGGGAAUAUUCUGGUGGGUCCUACUUGCUUUUAAUAUUUGCCUGUGGAGAGAAAGAACCUAAAUUUUAAAUAAACUUCUAAGAGUAGCUAAUCCUUAAAAUGACAAGAUUCAUAAUGGAAGGUGGGGGGGAGGUUUUUUAUCCCUUAUAAAGGUGUUUAAUCUUUUUAAGCUUUCUGUAUUCUCCUGUUAUCUUUUAAAAACAUUGGCUAUAAAAUAUGUAUUUACUUGCUUUUAAGCAAUAAUGUGACAUUGCAUUAUUUUCAGCAGAUGUCAGAAUGGUGGGGAGUUUUUUGGUUUGUUUGUUUGUUUGUUUGUUUGUUUGUUUUAACUUGGGGAGAAUGCUGUAGUUUGUUCCACAUGUCACCAGGCAUGGCAGAAGGACAGGUGGAGGAGAGCUGUUGCUCUGAGCUCCAUGUCGAAGUCAGCCUGGGUGCUGUGGGUUUAGAGCUCUGAGGUCUUGCUCUCCAGCCUGGCCACAGCUUGCCCCAGCAGUCAGUGCCCUGAGUGUCAUCUCUGGGCUAUUCGGCUGUGAUGGAAGCAGAUGCUCACUGCAGUUUGGUAAGAUACGCAUUCUGAAUGUCCCACUUGCAGAUAGUUACCACUUUCAUUCCAAGCAGAUAGUCUGAUGUUUAGUUGGAACCACACAGGUGUAUGAGAUGGGUUCAGCCUAAGAGGGGGCAUGAGAACGGUAGAGAUCCCAGAGGGGCUUUGGAGUGUUUCUUAAUCAAGAAGAGCUCAGAGCGUUGUUGGCUAUGAGUAACUGUUUGAAAUUUCUGGCAUAAUAUUUUUGUAUCCAUCCACCUUUUAGCCUUUAUUAUGACUUUAAUUUUUUUUCCUUUAUUAACCUCUAGCCACUUUAUCUAAGAAUUCUUUCUGAAGUCAGUUUAUUUUAACCAGAAAGCUGAUUAGAGUUCAUUGCUAAAAAAUAAUAGGUUCGACAAAAUGACCAUGAAAAAUAUUUUCAUUCUUGGCAUGUAAAAGUCAUUGUCCAAAGUAUUGCCACGUGUAUUUAUGAAAGAUGAACAGGGUUUUAUUACUUGAGAUUAUGGUAUGACAUUUUGGACAUUAAAACUCGGUGAAUUCAGGUGUUUUCCUUGGAGUUUAACUUGCAUUUUCCCCUGGAAUAUUCACAUUUCUCCUCUGCCUAAUUUUGUGGAUUAAAAAAAGCAUAACAUUUGUUCUGGGCAAUAUAGGAGAUUACUGAAGCACUGAGGAAAGAGCAUGUUGAGAGGAGUAAACAGUUCAGUCAGGAUUGCAAAAAGGAAAGCCCGAAGCCCUCUUCAUUCCUCUUCAGCUGCUGUUCGCAAGCCUUCAGUCACUCUUAGGAACUAUGGCAACAUUGCAAGUGAUUUAUCUAAAUAGUGCAGCCCAUUACCUAGCAGAACAAGCUAAUAAAUUCCUGAGGGUUGAUCUGGCUUUACUUUCUGAUUGACAGUGAUCCUGACCAGCUUUCUGACUGAGCCCCCAUUUACCACAUGUGACAAGGAGUGUGAUGACAUGGUGGGGAAUGGUGGCCCCUCAGACACAUAGGAAACACAUAGAGCUCUUUAGAUAAAAGUUCCUCAGUGUGGGAAACCUUCCCUCUGUGUCCAUCCUUUCACCCAUGCCUCAUGCAAAGUAAGUUCUUAGGCUGGUAUUAUCCAGAUCUAAAGCUAUACAUACUGUUUUAACACAGGGGGAGGGAUGUAAGUUUCCCGAAGAAGCAAGUGCAUUCAAGCAGAGGAAAAAAAACAA